CGGCGCGCGCACGUACCGGAACAGCGACGCGCACGCACCACGCGUCCACGCACGUACAAACGCACAGUACACACUUGCUCGUUAUCUUCAAUCGCGUUAGUUCUGUUUUUUCCGCACGCCACACGGUAUCACGAGAUUAUUAAGUAAUAGGUAGGUAUCAUUAUUAUUUUGUUCUCGGCCGUGUCUGUUAGUUUAUAAUGUUAAUCACAUUAUGUUACUAUGUUGUAUGAUAAUAUUAUAAACGACCGGCGAACAACUCUGUAACAAUAACAAUAUCGCGUGUAAUUAUUAUUUACUUAAUAAUAUUGCCGACACGUGUGUUUCGAUAGUAUUGUUAUUGCCGUGCCGUCGCGAACGCCGUCGUUGUUGAUACAGCAGCACCCGCCGCACGGCCGACGGUGGCCUAUCGUUGCAUCCGCCUCCGGUAUUGUAGUUGCUGUUGCCGUCGUCGCACUGUUUGGUCGUCGCUCGUUCCGUCCGGACGUUUGUCGUUCGUACAUUGGAUUAUUACCGGUAUUUAUACGAGUAGUCCGACAACAACGAUAAAUUGAAUUUCAAUCGUCUUGGCCAACGUGGUUUCGGACAAAAGCGUUUUACUGGUUUUAUUGUAGGUAUGUAGUGUACGCCGACCCGGCAGUCUUAGCCAGACGACGACGACAUGAGUGUUGGUCCGUCCUGGAACUGCGGGACGGACCCGUACCCGGGGACUUCCGCACUCGAAAGCACUUCCAGUCCUGCAUGCGAAAGCACUUCCAGUCCUGCAAGCGAAAGCACUUCCGGUCCUGCACGCGAAAGCACUUCCAGCUAUCCAAUAGGGAGCACUCGCAGGCCUACACUCGUAACCACUAUCAGUCAUAUACCUGAGGAGAAAGAACUCGAUCCGUCCUGCAGUUGCGGUGCCGGAACCUUUUUGGGCACAAUUAACAGCGUAAGUGGGCAAUUUAGCUAAUUAAUUAAUUAAUUAAUUAAUAUGUACCUACAGUUUUCGUAUGAUACUCUUCUGUAUCGUUUUGGUGUCGUACCAACCCGAAUUUUCCUUACGACAAUGAAUCAUGUAGUACUUUUAGCAAAAUCUCUCUAGCAUUAUUAAGCAUGACACGAGGCCAGUUAGGUUCACCUCCCUCAAAUAGGUUAUAUUUGAAGUACCUAGACAAAGAUUAUUUUUCCUGUAAUAGCAAUAUUAUGAUCCGACAACUCAUUUUUAAACAUCUCUAAUGUUUGACUUUUGUGAUGUGUUGUCAACCGUUUUCAAAAAAUGUUAUUGAUAGCUAAGCUCUUAUAAUUUGCCUACGUAAACGACUAGCUACAAUAAAGUUUAACGGUGUUGACCGACUGGCCUUGUUGUUGUAGUAGUGGGUGAUAAGCUAAAUAUAUUAUAAAUAUACCUGCCUAUGUUUUAUUAAACAACAUGAAAACUGCGAAUAAACAUUUUCACAUAAUAUUAUAAUUCUGAAUAAGUAAUAAUAAUGUGGUACUUGAUACACACGAUUAACAUUUUUUUUUUUAUUCAAGAUUAUUAUUAUUAUUAUUAUAUACAUUUAAUUGUAUUGUUUGGAAUUAUGUACAUAUCUAUAAUUCUUUAGGUAUUAAGUAUUUGUAUAAAAUUAUGCUAACCAGAAAAAAUUACUUGGUCCUUGUGCAAUACAGUUUUAUUGUACAAUAAGAUAAAUGCUGAUUUAAUAUUAAUAUGUAUAAAAAGCUGGAUAAGAUAUUCUUUUCGUUAUUUGGUAGGUUUCUGUAGGUGGUUACGAUACAAUUCUUUGUCAAAAAAAAAAAAAACUACUGAAUAGGGCUCAGCCAAUCAAUUAAGAAUUAAAUUGGCGAGCUAUUUAUAGUAUAAGUCAAUUGUCUUCCACAGUACUUAUACUAAUUUAAAAUUUAGAAAUCAUACUUUGGGAUAUUAUUGGAACUUUGUGUUUUGUGUUUAAAAAUUUCAGCUAUGGAUUUGAUCUAAAACAGUUUUAUUAUUUGUUAUAAAAAUAUAUUGGAAAGCUAAAUAAUAAAACAAAAAUGUUUCAAAUAAAGUACAAUAGAACAGGUGAACUUAGAUGUGUAUGGUGUGGUCAUUUCAGAGCAUUUUUACUUAUUGGAAAAGUGUUGUCCUAGGCAGAAAAAUACAAUAUCUUAUGAAAACCAAUAGUCUUCUAAUGGAGUUUCCUCACGCUAUUCAGAAUCUAAAAUUUAUUAAUUUUAUGUUUAAUUUUGAAGAUUUAUUUCGAUUUUAGCAGAUCUCCAAGGAGUGUAUCAAACACACCUAGUAUGAAUGUCUGCUGUUAGAUUUACUACAUUAUGUAUUUAUUUGUGAUUUAAUGUUUGAUGUGUGGAAUCUUUUUUUGUGAAUAUUCUUGUAUGUCCUCAUGAUAUACUAUUUCUGAAGUGUUGGUAUUCUUCACACCUAGGUAUCCUUAUUAUUUAUUUAUUAAUUAAUGUAUAUGGGUAUGGUCCUUUGAACAAGUUACAUUUACUUAUAAUUAGGGUCCAGGUUAUUAUGCACUUAACAUAAUCUAUUAAAAGGCGAGUAAAAACGUCGAAAAAGCACUAUAAAAAUACAAAAAAAAAAAAAUAGUAGAUGAGUUUAAAAUAUCCCCUCUAACGGCUCUAACUUAUUUAAUAAAAAUGUUUAACCCUAAUCAAAUGAUUAAAGUAAUUUGUUUUAAUAAAAAUAAAUGGUGAGAGAAUAUAUACGCUAAGAUUUGCAGAUGACAGCGAUAAUAACAGAAAAUGAGGAGGAUCUACAAAAAAUCUUUGAAAUAAUGAACUCAGCAAUGAAAAAUGAAUACAAUAUGAAAACAAACAGGGUAAAGAUUAAAGUCCUAGUUUGUAGUCGUAACGAAGGAACUCAAACUCAAAUUACACUAGAUGGCAAAACACUAGAGCAAGUGAAUAAAUACAAAUACUUGGGAAGUAAGAUAACCAAGUACCAGGGAGAUCAUAAGCAGAAUAAACUAAGCUAAAUGUGCAUUUCAGAACAAGAAAAAUAUGUUUAUAUCUAGAAAUAUUGAUAUAAAUGUGAGAAAAAACCUACUAAAGGCUUAUGUUUGGAGCGUAGCAAUGUAUAGAAGCGAGACUUGGACCAUAGGUAAAAUAGAAGAAAAGACUCCUAGUGUUCGAGACAUGGUGUUACAGAACGCUACUUAGAAUAAGCUGGACAGAACACCUAACAAAUGAAGAAGUUUAUCGAAGAGCCGGAGAAAUAAGAAGCCUUCUGAAGACAUUAAAAACAAGAAUAGCCAAGUUAAUAGGACACAUACUGCUUCAUUACAGUCUGCUUAGCAGGAUAAUAGAAGGUGCCAUUGAAGGGAAUAACCACUGAACUAUAUUAGUGAAAUAAUUAGAGAUAUGGACUGCAGAUAUUAUUGCGAAUUAAAAAGGAAAACGAAGCGUCAGGAAUGGAAAACUGCUGUCAACCAGCCUUUGGUCUGUUAACAUAAAAAAAAAAUUUAGUGUGUUAAUCAUUAAUGUAAUUUUUGAAAAUUGUAUUUUAUAAGUUAGAGUUAUUAGAUAGGUUAAUUUUAAACCCCUCUAUCAUUUUUCCUUUUUUAAAUAUGUGUUAGGCGUUAUUUAUAAUUGAUUUUCAAGCAUUUUUUCGUGGAUAUUAGGUGCACAUAAAUCUGGGUAUUCCUUAUAAUUAACAGAUUAUAUUACUUACAAUAUAAUUUUUUAUAGUCCGUAUUAGCAAUAUUUAAUUCAAACUCUAAACAGUACGCUCAUUUUUCAUAUAAUUAGUAGUGCUAAUAGGUGUGUAAAAAUACAUUUUGGAAUGAGUGUCAAACUUGGAAGCUUUUAAAUCAGUCAGUAAAAGUUUAAUGGAGAAUAUGUUUUGUCAGAUAAUAAUUUGUUUUAACAUUUUAUACUUUUAGCGUAUCUAUGAUUCUCUAAAGAAUCUAAUCUAAUUCUCCCAGUUGCAGGAAAAACAAUAGUUUGUUAUAGGAGUUAUGUUGUGAAUGAGAAAUAUUAACAAGUGAAACCCAGCAAAACUUAAACAAUUUUGUUGACACAUUCUAAAUGGACAUGAUCACCUGUUGUAUAUCAACCCCAAAAUACUUACCAUAUUCUAGUAUUGGUUCAACCAAUGAACAGUAGAGUGCUGAGUGCUUUAAUGGACACUGUGCCGGAAUUAUAAGGAUAACCUUUUUACAAAGUCCAAAAAAUGCAUUGUUUUACAACAUAUAUGGUUAUGAUGAUCGGAUCAAGAAUUUUAGUGAACUUUAAACUAAUAUAGUAAACAGUCUAUUUAUUAUGACUAAUAGGUGGUGUACUUAAUAAAUGAUACACCAACUCUUAAAAUGAAAUAUUAGUUUUGUUUCAUAAAAGAUAGCAUCGCUAAAAACCUGUUAUUGUUCAGUGUAAAUGUUUUUUAAAAAAUAUAUUAUCUUAAAUUCAUAUAUUUCCGUGCCAAUAAUCUUUAAUACAUAAUCAUUUUAAAAGUAGAAAAGUCUUUCAUUGGUUAAGAGAUAAACUUUGAGCGAUUUCUGCCCAAAGAAAAUAAGUAACAUAUAAGUGACAAUAAUAAUUCAUUUUUAAAUACCUAUUAUCUAAAUUUACUACUUUUAUAGUUUGAUAUUAUGUUUAUAUCACAGUAUGCACCUAGUUGAAUUAUACCAUCAGUUCUAUAGUUGUAAAACUAUAGAAUUAUUUUACAUGCAUUGCUUGUUUAAAACCAUUUGUUUGGUUGUGAAAAUGAUACCUAACUUAAAAAACAAAAUAAAAAUCUUUUUCAAGGCCAAGAUACUUUAUUUUUUUCAUAUAAAAAAUAGUGUGCUUAAGAGGACCGUUAUACCCUUGUCAACUGUCUCAGUCCAACUACUAGGUAACUUGUAAAAACAUUACUUACACAGAACAAGUACAACUAGCCUAAUUUUGAUUUUAGAGUAAAAGUACUAAUUAUGAAUUUUAUAGAGAACAAUAUUUUGGAAGGAAUAUUAUUGGUUUUUUUUGAAUUAUGAACUAUUAAAACAAAAAAAAAAGAAAGAAGGUUUUUAUAUCUUUUAUAUUAAGCUGUAUAUUUUGAAUAAGACAAAAACUCUAACAUUUCCUCUAAAAUGUUUUUUUCUAUACAUUUUGUUAUAAGUACUUUUACUCUAAAAUAAAAAUCAAGCUAAUUUUACUCAUACAUGAGUGGCAUUGUUUUUGCAUUUUACUAGGUAGUUGGAUUGAGACAGUAGAUGCUGGUGUAACAUCCUUUUAACAAUUUUCCAGUUGUGGUUACAUACAUAAAACAUUUCAAAAUUUUUAUUUAUUUCGUAAUUUUGUAUUUCAAAAUUAAAACGUUUAAAUACCUCAAAAAUGGCUUAAAUUAUUUAAACAUUUUUCCAUAUCUAAAAAAAACAAAAAUAAUUUUUUGUCUAAAUUUUAAGUCUAUAGAGUCGAUAAAAUAUUUUUAAUUAAAUUUCAACAAAAAUAUUAACAUUUUUAUAAAAAGUCUAAAUAUAGCUCAAAUGUUUUGAACAUUUUACUUCAUUUAGAAAACACAAAUAUCUAAACUUAAAAGUGGAGUAUCCCUUUAAAGAGUUGAAAAUUGAAAAAAAAAAUUCAAAAAUUUUCCAGACCAAAAUUUAUUUAUUGUAACAGGUACUCUAGACCACGCAUUUAUUUAAUAAUAAUAAUUUAUUUACGGAAAUUUCCAAUUACAAAAUAAUAAAUUGACAGUAUGCAGCUUAUAUGAACAUGGUAAGAUAAAUAAUAAAGUUAAGUUGAACAAUUAAAUUAACAUAGAAAAUAAAUAAAAAUAGAAAAUAAUUAAUACAUUGAGACAUGUAUUAACAUAUCAGACAAAAUAAUCUUAACCUAUAAUAACAUUAUAAUAAAUAAAUAAAUAAAAAACAUAAUGCAAUAAAUUAGGAUAGUAAAUAAAAAUAAUUGGAUAGAGUAUUUGACAAGUUGCGUAGAGUGGUAUUUAAUAUAUCUAAAUUAUGGAUUGAAUUUCCCGCGGUCAUAAGGACAUUUGCGGGGGUGUAUAGCAUGUAUUUUUCAUUGAUUUGUGAAGGAUAAAAUAGAGAUUUAUUUCUUGAACAUAAUUGGUUUACCCUAAAAUUCAAACGCUCAAGAAGUUCAGGACAGUUUAUAAUAUUAUGUAGUAUUUUAUAGAGAAAUUUAGAGUUCAUUCUAUUAUCUAAAGACAUUAUCCUAAAAAAAUUACAACAGUAUCAUAUCCUUAAUGAGAAACUCUUUCUAUAUGGCAUUUGAAUGAUAAGUAUCUUAGGAAAUUAUUUUGGACAGAGGAUAAACUUUGAUUCUGAGUAAUAUUAUCAGAGUGCCAAAUUAAGGAAGCAUAAUCAAAAUGGGAUCGUACUAAUGAGAAGUAUAAAGUUUUAAAUGUCGACUCAUCAUUAAAAUUCUUGCAUAUACGUUUUAAAAAUCCUAAUUUCAUAAAUGCCUUAUUCUUAAUAUAAUCUAUAUGAUGAUUGAAUGGGAGUUUUGAAUCAAAUAGAACACCCAGGUCUUUAAUUACAUUUCUGCGUGAUACAUCGACACUAUCUAACCUAUAAUCGAAAAAUAGCGUACUUUUUUUUUAAANUCUUAAAAAUUUUAAUAUCACCCGCAAAUAGAAGACAUUGUGAAGUUUUUAAUGAUUUUUUGAAUGUCAUUAAUAAAAAUAGAAAUUAGUAAUGGUGACAGGUGGUCACCUUGGGGGACACCUGAUGAUAUAUUUAUUUGAUCGGAAAUAUGAUUUUCAUAUUUGACUGCUUGGACUCGGUUGGUUAAGAUAGAUUCGAACCAUGAAAGUAACGGAUUGUCGAAACCAAAUGUUUUUAGUUUAAUUAAUAAAAGAGAAUGACUAACUCUAUCAAACGCUUUUUCAAAGUCCGUAUAGGUUACAUCGACUUGAGCUUGUAUAUUAAUUGAUUCAAAGAUGAAUUGUUUGAAAAUACCUAGGUAGGUUAACGAUGAUCUCCCUGGACGGAGAUCCAUGUUGUUCGUUUGAAAAUAAACGUUCACACAAAGGAAAUAAUUGCUUGUUAACCAAUUUAGAGAAUAUCUUUGGAAAUAUUGAAAUUUUAGAAAUUAGCCUGUAGUUUUGUAACUAAUGAUUUAUUUCCUUUUUUAUAAGUUGGAGAUCCAAACGAAAAUUUCCAUAUGUUAGGAAAAAUACCAGUUUUUAAUGAUUUAACUAAUGAUUUGUUAAAUAAAAAAAGUUAUAAUAGGUGACAAUAUAAAUGAGCAUUCUUUUAAGAACCUUGCAGAGAUACCAUCAGGACCUGUAGAUAAUUUUAAAUUACUAGACAAUAAUUCGUUGAAAACAUCCAUUAUAGAUAUAUUUACAGAGUUAAAGCAAAAUAGUGAGUUAUCUAGUUUGGAAGUAUUAUUAGUGUUAUUAAUAAUUAGUGAAUUUAAUUUAUAUGCACUAGAAAAAUGAGAUUUAAGUAAAUUAACAACUUCUAACCAGAGGUUGCUUAUUUAUUUAUUUAUUUAUUUGUAUGUUUUGUUUUUUACUGUAACAACAAUUUCUACCAAAAAUCUUACUCUGAUGUUUCAAGCGUAGCUUAUUUUCUGAAAGGAAUUUUAUCUCCAUGGUAAUUUAGGAGGUAAUUUUUUGUUUUUUCAAACGAUUUUUUUAAGAUCUGGGAAAAACCGGUAGAAAAUGUUGAAAUAACGGAAAAUGUACGAAAUGUAGGUAACCAUUAGUUAGGUUAGGUAUUAUUAUUAUUAGAAAUAUAGGUAUAUUAGUUAAAAUAUAUCUCAGCCUUCUGUUUUCCUGUCAACAACGUUUCUACCAGCAAUUUGCUACCAUUUACAAUAAUAGCACUUAUUCUGAAAGGUAAUCCGAUUGGGAAGAUACUUUUGCGAGGUUAUUUUUCGAUUUUCCCAAUAGUUUUUUCAGCAAAUGUGAAAAACAUGGGAAAAUUGCGAUCUGAGUCGCAUAAAAUAAGAAAUUAAAAUCAAAUUUACUAAUUUAACAAUUGAUUUUUACAUUAUUUGUACAUUUUGUUUUAUUUUUAAUUUAUAUUUAAUAUGACUUACGUGUUUAAGCAAAUUUGACUGUCCUAGUAUGAGGAUACCCUUCUACUAAAAAAAAGGUCAAUACUAUAAACUUAGUUAAGCCCCCCUCCCCCCCCCAGAUAAAUUGUCUGGAUUUAACACUGGCCGUAAUGUUUAGGAUUUUCGUUAAAAUUUGAUUGUAUAACUUCACUAAUACAUAAAAUAAAUAAAUAAAUAUCUCGCACCUGGUUGCAGUCACUGUUGUAUUUGGGAAAUUGGUAGGUUAGGAUACAGACGGGAAUUUAAUAUUUUUUUUUUAUUUUCCGUUUUUCCGAUAUUUUAUUCUAGAUAUUAUGAAAACUGCUUGAAAAAUCAAAAAAAUGACACCCUUAAAGUACCAUGUAGUGUUAGAUACAUCGGAGCAAGAUACUGGUGGAAAAUUUUUCACAACAAAUUGUUACGUGUUUUGCGAGCGAGCGAUGACUUUGGUUUCUAGGUACAACUAAAAUGCAUUUGUGUUUUCCUUGUUUUGGUGAAAGGGGGAAAAAAAUACAAAUAAUUUAUUUCGAAACUCGGGUUUAAACUCACGAUCCCUUGGAUGACAAUAAGUAUCUAUAAACCUUUAGACUUUGACAAUAUACUUUAAAACAGAUAAUAUAGAGUUAUUUAACAUAGCAUAUAAUAUCCCCUUAAUCAAAACUUCAAAAUUCUACAAUUUCGAAACUUAGUCAGUUCAAUUCUGACUUAACCAUGGUUUUUAAAUCGGUAAAAUACAUAUAUUCAAAAUAAGAAAUUGAAAAAUUAAAUUUGUUUCACAUAAUGUUUUACUCAAUUGAUUUCUGCCAAAAUUUGGUAUUAAAAUUCCUUUAUUAAAAAAAAAUGUUGCAUUAAAUUCAAAUUUUUGUUUGACCACAAAGUUAGACUUUUAAUGAACCUGUUAAAUUUUCAUGCAUUUUUGUUUAAUCUAACAAUUAACAAAAAAAAAUUACAUAAUAAACUAGCAAAAUUAAAAUAUCUAUAAAUAGCUCAAAUAUUUUUAAAUUAAUUACGUUUUGAAAAGGUAAAUAUAAAUUUUUAUGUCAAAAAAGAUCUCUUGUUGCUUUUCUAUUAGAGCAAUAUAUAUGGUAGAAAACAUAAGCCAUACAAAUUUAAAAUAAAUUAUCAUGAAUACAAUAAAGUCUCAUUGUAAAUUGAAAUUCGUCUCUUUCGGUUAUCCUAUUAUGAAAUAUACUUUAGAAAUUUAGAAAUUAUGCUUUUUGUCAGUAGUUAUAUAUGUUAAAUGAAACAAAAUUCAUUUCUUGUAUUUUUUUGUAUUGGAUCAAUAUUUUUGGUAGAAAACAUUGUGUUAACAAAUUAAAAACAAUGAAAACUUAAUUAUUUAUAAUUUUCUUUCCGGUUUUUCUCACGAAUCCUUGUGAAAAUCGAUGUUAUCUAAAGAAUAACAAUAACCUAACCGUGUUACGCGAAAAUGUCAGUUUUCACGCGGAUUAGUAUAAUUUAAAACAGCUGUUACUGAGAAACUAUUUAUUGGAUAUAAAUGUGUGAUACAUUAAAAUUUUCAGAAAAAUAAACUCUACAGAAUGGCUAACUUAAAAUUGUAUGAAAGUAAUAAAAUAAAAAAUUUAAUUCGUGUAUUUGUGCUCCUCAUUCCUGUAAGUAAUAUAAAUAAAAAAAAAAAAACAAAUUUGAUUAUCUUUAUUAUCUCUGGAGGUGUUUAAGGUGUAUAUGGUAUAUCUUUAAGGACAGCCUGUAUACAGUGUAUUUCACCAUAUUCGACGGAUUUUUCUAACUCUGUUAAUAUUCAAUUUUUUUCGACUUUUUUUUCUCAAUCAGUUUGCCUUCGAGAGAGGCAUCGACUUGGAGAAAAAUUAAAUUUUUAUUUUCAUCCAUUAAAUGUAAAAAACAAAUCACUUUAUUUAUUCACAUAAGAUAAUUUUAAAAAUAGCCAUUUUGUAACAAAUAUUAUUCAAAAAUUUUGAAUGUGUAAUACAUUCAUUACUUGUGAAUAAUUUCUUAAUUAUAACCAUUUUAAUUAGGCGUGAAAACAAUUAAUAUUCAAUAAAAUAACAAGUUAUGCGAUAAGAAAUUACAAUCAGCACGGUAAUUCUUCACCUUUUAUUGAAUAUUAAUUUUUUUCACACCUUUUUUCUAGAAAUUGAAACGGCUAUUAUUAAGAAACUAUUAAUAGGAUAUGAACAAUAUGAUACAUUAAAAUGUUUAGAAUAAUAUUUAUUACAAAAUGGCUAUUUUGAAAAUGUUCUCAAAUUAAUAAAUAAAGAUUUUUUUGUGUGUUUAAGGAAUGAAAAUAAAAAUUUAAUUUUUCUCCUAAUUAAUGUACCCCUCGAAGACAAACUGAUAGAAAAAAAAAAAUUAAACUAAUUCAAUAUUAACAUUGCUAUAAAAAUCUGUCAAACAUUGUGGGACACAUUGUGUUACUGUAAUAUGUUAUACUUGUUAUACAAAAUGUAUGGUAUUUUCAAGACUGAAUGCCCAAUUUUUUUUUACAUAAAAAUAUAAACUUAUUUGUAUGCUCUAAAUUUGGAAAAAUAAUUUUAAAAAUCCUGUGUUAGAACUUGUAUUGAAAAAUUGUAUUUUUAUAAUUAAAGUGCUAAAAUUACCUUAAGUAAAACUACUACAUUAUUAAUUAUUUGUGUGUUAUGAAUGACCUUAAAUGUUCAUAUAUACCUUAUAAUAAUUUCUAAGUUUCAUCUCUGAUAAUUUAAAAUAGUAUUUUUCACUCAAAGUACAUUUUGUAAAUCAAAAAAAUAAAAACCACACUAGAGAAAAAUCAUUAAAUUACAUUACUAAGUUUGAAAUACAUUACAAAACCUAUGCGAAAUGUGUGUAUCAAUAUAAUACAUAGAUUAGAGCUUAAACUAUAAGUUAGACAGCACAACACGUUUUGUGUAAUCCUUAUGUUGUGUGAAAACAUAUUAUUUUAACAUGUUGCAUAAUUGCUACAAUUAGAAUUUAAAGGUUAACUAAUAUAUUUUUUAUUAUAUUAUAACUUUCAAAGAAGGGAACAUAUUGGAGUAAUAGUUUACACUGAAAGUGCAUAACAUUUUAUUCAUAGAAUAAAUAUUAAAGGGUUAUAAAUUCUUAUUGUAUCAAUCUAAUGCUUUGAGUCCUGUCUUAGUAUGUUUCCAAUACCUGAAUUUUUACUGUUCAUUAUUUAAAUUUAGUUAUUGAAUCAUUUGUCACAUAAAGAGAAUACAAAUUUUACUAAUUCUGUAAAUGCAAAACCUAAAUAAAAUGUAUUAUUCAAGAACAUUUAAGUAAUUUUAAUAUUUAAAAAAAUACCUUUAAAAAUAUACGAAUGUGAAAGAAAAAAUGUCUUUAUGAAGUAGUCUACACAAGGAAUAAUAAUGAUCAUUCUAAAUUUUUUAACACUCUUUUUUUCUCAUAAAAAUAGGGAUUCUCACAGUUAGUUUUCCUCUUAGUAAUUCUUUUAAUAGCUAAUUAAAGAUCAACCAUUUUAGUCAUUAAUUAAAAAAAAAAAAUAGAUUGUUAACUAUUCUUAUUUACAAUAAUAGCUAGUCAUACAGGAGCGGAUUUUUUGAUGGAUUAGGUCCUGGACUAAAUUUGUAGAUCUUCUGUGAAUCUGGUACGCAGAAGUCUGCGGAACUAAAUGCAUCAAAAAAAUUUGCUCAUGUAUGGCUGGCUAAUAGGUACAAUUUUUUUUUAAAUUUACUUUAUAUUUACUUGCUUUAUUGAAAACAACACAAUAUACAAUGUCAAUGUUAAAAGUAAUGAUUAAAAUUAGGAUAUUUCCAAUUUAUAAUACUUCAUUCAAUAUUAAAUUAAUUUAUUGUUGCUUUAUACUUAAUAGUAUAGUUAAUGAGUUAAAUUGUUAAAAUAGAUCAUGAUAUAUUGGAUUAUAUAUUUUAAAUAUUACUUGAGUUAAAGAUCAUGGUUCAAAUAAAUCUAAUAUCAGGGUAAGUGUUAUUAUCUUUAUGUUUAUCUUUUUCAUGAAGUAAAAUUUUUUUUUUUGCAAACUACGAGAGAAUAUUGGAUGUUUUCCUUUGAGGCUCCAUUAUUUUAAGCUUCUAUGUAUUAGUUUUUGUAUUAAUGUGUAAAUCACAUAAAAUUACAGCGGAGUUUCAUAAUAAAACAAUUCAAAUUAAUUUUGUAGAUGAUUGUAUUACAAUCAUAUAACAGUGGUUAUUACUUAAUAACUUAAUAAUGGGAACUGAUAACAAGUUUUUUCAGUAUCCUAGAAAAAAUAAACUACUAGGACAAAAGUUGUUGUAAAUAAGGUAACAGAAAUUAAUCAUUCAAUAUUAUCAAAAGUUAAAAACAAUCACUGUUUGAUUUUAAGCUGUAGCAGUGCUAAAAAAAAACCCAAGCGAGAAUUACGCCAUUGCUGUAUUGUGACUUAUACAUUAUAUAGGUAGCUAUAUCUUUUUUCUACCCCAUCUGUAGGUUAACCAAAAACUUGAAAGUUAAUUUACCUAUUUUGAUGAAACUAUUUUUGUUUGAUGCCUUAUCAUUUAUUAGUAUAGAAAGUUUAUAGGAUAUUUUUUUUAUACUUGCCUGAAAGAAGAGAUAUAUAUAGUAUACCCGGAAAAAGGACAAGGAGGAGGAGUGUCUAGGAAAUAAAAAUUAGAUUUAAUUAAGUAAUAAAAUAUUACACCUGUUAAUCUUUUGUAACAAUAACUAUUUUAGAUCAAUUAUACAAAAAAAAAAAAAAAAAAUGAAAUAAUGGCAACAAGUAGACUGAAGAAAAUUUUAUAUUAGUGAUGAAGCUAAUAGUUUUUUUUUUUUUUUCUGGGCAAUUUUAGUUUAGUUUGGCAGAAAUUUUAAACAUUGUAGCAUUUAUAUAAUAUAUAUAUAUAUGAUUUAUGUAUUUAAUAAUACAUCUUAUAAUUUUGAAUUAAUCAUCAUUUAACAUUUUAGUAUGGUUUUAGAUAUAGGGAAUAAGGUAUAAGUAAUUUAUUCAUUUUACUGUGUAAAAAAUGUCUACCAGAAACUUUGCUCAGAUAUAUUAAGUGUAAGCCAUAAUUUUUAGGAAUGUAAUUAUUCGGAUUGAUGAAAACCCAAGUUUAAUUUUUCGAAACAUAAAAUAAUUGAUUGUAAAACUCUGGAAUUCUAUAUUUCGGAAUUUAGUUAAAAACCAAUAUUUUCAAAAUCUUUUGUAUCGAGAAUAUCCUUUUUUAUCACCCAAGAAAAAAUAAUAGCUUAGAUAUCUUUCAUACUCAUGAAAAUAUUAUUGAAGCUUUUGAUAUUUUUCCGGAAUAGUACCUAAGUUCUGAUUUAACUGUAUUCAAAUACAAUUGUAUUUCACAUUUUGACUAUUCCUAAUUCAUAUAGCCCUCCAAAUGUACCACGUUUUCCGAAAGAAAAUUGUAUUUAGUUGGUACUUCAUGGAGGUCAAUUUUUUUUUUUUUUCAAGCGUUUUCAUAAUAAUUGAAAAAACACAGGGAUAAAUGGACAAAUAUUUACAUUUUUGUAGGUAACAUGUUUUCUACUAAAAUUCUUGCUUCAAUCAAAAAAUGACAAGAAAAUAUUUUGUUGCAUUUUUAAUGUAGUUGGUGAUUUUCUGUGUAGUUUAAUAAUUGAGCAAAAUAAAAAAUAAACUUAAUAAAACUGGGAAAAUUUCAAAAUAAUGUUUUAAUUAUUUUUUUUUGUUUUUUUUUUUUUUUGUAAUUCAGUUAAAAUUUCAGUAGACAUUUGAAAUUGGGACAGAGAACUUGAAUUUGAUUUUUUUUUAGGUUGUAAAACUGUAAAAACAUUUGAGUAAUAUUUAAGCUAUUUAUAGACACUUCAAUUUUAUGAUUAAUUUUUAUUUGGAAGGUACUUUGUGUAUACAAUUAUUAAACCAAACAGAUAUGCUUGUAAAAUUUAACAGAGGUUCAUUAUAUGUUGUAUUUAGUGGUAAACAAGAAAAAAAAAUGUGCAUCAAAUUCAAAGUCCUAAUGGAUAAUAUUGUAUGAAAUAUUUAAAAAAAAAUAUGAAACCAUCUAACCAUCUAAUAAAAUUAAUUUACAAUUUAAUGGAGAACAUAGAAAUCUGUAAUUCUGUGCAAAAUUAAAUUUUUUUAUGAAUAGAUUUAUUUUUAAGAAUUUGGAUUUACAAAUUAUUUUUACAGGAUAUGAACCAUGUUAACAUUUAAAUACUUAAUUACACAUAUCUUUAUUAACAACAAAAUUAUAACUUUUAUUUUAAUUUUAUUAUACAUUUUUGUGUAUGAUCAUAUUAUUUGAUCUUAAUAUCUAUAAAAAUUCAUAGUUUAACCAUAUAAUAUAUUUAUCAUACAAUUUGUGCAGGCCUCACCUCCCUGGUGCUACUUCUACCAAAAAUAAUUCCAUAUAUUUCUUGAAAUAAAAAUUAGAUUUUAUACAGAAAAAAAAAUUACUAAGGCAAAUCUUAGUAAUUUUUUUAUAUAUGAUUAUAUAUGAAUAAUUUUAAUACUAGGCUAUAUCUAAUUACAUUUUGUAUGAAUUGAGAUGAUCAACAAAAUAUAUACAAUCAUUAUAUGGAGAAUAGGAAGUAGUUAAAUAAAGUACCUAACCAUUAACUAACAUUAAAUUGUUAAUUAAGUGCUUAUAAUAAUAAUAAUAAUAAUAAUAAUAAUAAUAAUAAUAAUAAUAAUGUUGUAUGAAAUAAGUUGAGUAUACAAAAUUGUGUUAUUUCAUGAAUGAAAAAUUUGAUUUUCAGUGCCCAUCUAUGCAUAGUAAAUAAUUGUAUUUAGUAAUUUAUUUAUUAAUUUGAAUAUUUUUUAAAAAAAAUAAUCAAAACCUAUUUACACAAUUUUUAUUUUGGUUAGUAACAUUUAUAACAACAAUGAUUUUUAAUAAUUUUACAGAUUCCUAUGUAUGAUAAUCAUAAAGUUAUUGAAUGUAUUCUAAAUCCAGAGAAACCAAAGAUAACAUAUCUUAAACAGGAAUAUUUUGAUAUACUUCAGGUUAGUAGUAAUAUUUUGUACUAUAAAUGUGUAAUAGAAUAUUUUAAUCUAAGCUGUGGUGUUUGAAUAAAUUGUUUAAUAUACAUAUUAUAACUUUAAUUUCAUCUAUUAUUGUAGCUAUAAAUUAUUGUAAUUUUGGAGGAAUGGCAUAGGUAUCUAAAUGUAGGUACUAUAUUUAUUAAAUUUACCUACUUUUUAUUAUUAUUGAUGUGUAAGACAUAACUAAAUGACAACAAUUUUUAAAUUUGAUUGAAUAAUAUAAAUAAAUAAAGUCAUUAUUUUGAAUUCCUUUUUCUUAUUUUUUGGGUUUCACUUCGCUUGCAUGAAUUAUUUUAGUAAGUGCCUUUUGAAUUUCAACAAAUAUAACUUUAGGUUGAAAAACUGUUUAAUAAUUUCUUUUAUAAUCAUGUUGGAUUCACUUUUUUUAUAACUAAUCUGUGAUGAAUAUUAAUACUUUGACUAAUUUUAUCUAAUAACAUUAAACAGGAUGAUUGCACUAAGCAUGCUCACUUCAUUUAUUUCGGUUAAAUUUUAUUUUUUUGUAUUUACAUUAAAACCAUAUCCGGUAGGUAAUAGGGAAAAUAAAUACAACACAAUAUGUGUUUACUGUGUGAUUCAUUUUAUUUACGUAAUUCAUUACGUGUAUGUAUUUAUUUUACUGUAAUAUGGCAUAUAUAUAUUUAAAAAGCACUUCUAUUAUCCGCCUUCACUCAGAAUUGUUUUUUGUUAGCAAUGGUUUAUCAUUGCCAAAGUCAAAUGAUGGCCCACCUAUCAUGUGUUUUUUUUUUUUUUUAUCUUUAAACCACUUUUCUACCAGAAAUCUUUCUCUGAUUUUCGGGUUUAGUACCCUUUCCUAAAGAAUAUUUUAUCUGGGUGAUACUUAAGGUAGUUAAUAUUUGAUUUUCAAAUGGAUUUUCAUAAUAAAUUUGAAAAAUUAGAAAAAGCCUGAAAAUUUACAAAAUGUAUUAUUUUAAAUAUUGUUUCAACAUUUUGUUGUGCUUUGGUGUUUAUUACAAUGAAAUACACAACUCUAAAAUGUUAAAUUAUUGUUAAUUUUUUACACUCCAAAGUUGUGUGCGUGAAAUGAUUAACAACUCUUGGUUUUCUAGUUGCAUUUUUAAAAUUGUAUAAAUAAAUAAAAUAUAUAUUAAAUUUUUGAUUUUUGUCAACCCAUAUAGAUAUAGAUAUUCAAAUUUUAAGUGGAGUUAUCAUUUAUUUGAGUAUUGGUUCACUUCUGCAAAAUCUUUAAUAGUAUGUUAGACACUUUUUAUUACACCAAUGAAUUAAGAGCAUUUAAAAUUAAAUGUUUUAGAAAAAAAUUAUUUUUAAAAUAUUAAUUUCUAACUAAGAAAUAGGGAUAGUGGGGAAUUUUUUGAUGAUUUCCCAAUAUAUAUUUCCAAACAAAGUUUAUCUUUUAUUCACAUUUUUAACAAACUUAAAAACUCACAUUUUGAAAAAAAUCAAAAAGUGUAUUAGACUAGAAUUGAUUCUCCAAAAUCUUUUUAUAUCUCGCAUUCUUCAAUAAAAAUAUUUAAUAUGGUUCGCUGAUGGUGGAAAAUUAGUCUUUGGAUAAUAAACCAGUUCUCUUAUGGCAUAGAGUAUAAUUAAUCUAAGUUCUACUAAUAUAAUUAAAAUUACUUACCUACACUGCAAUACCAAAUUGUUUGAUUAAUUUUAAAUUUUCUUUUAUUAAUAUUAAAUAUUUUUUAAUGUUACAAUUUUUUUUUGUUUUUUUUUUUAGGAAAUCGAGUUGUUCACAAAGGAUCCUUCUUUAAAUUAUGUAACUAAAAUAACAAAGUUAUUACAGAUUUGGAAAAAUUGCAGUUCUACAUUGUUAUUACACUGUAAUCCUUGUUUUGGAAUACAUACAUUUUUACAUUUUGCUGUUAGGUAAUAUUAUAAUCUAUAAUAAAAAAUUGUUAUUUUUAAACUGUUGACAUUUUUAUAUUGUGUUGUAAAUUAUUGUCAUUAAAAAUUAACACAUAUUUUAUCAACAAGCAGCCAGAGUGGUGAUCUAGGCAUAUCAGAUUUUUUAAAAAUAAUUUGUAUGCAAUUAUUUGUUGUUUAACUCUUAACAAAUAUUGAAACUAUUAAAUUUAACAUUACAAAAUAAAAUUAAUUUGAUUUAUUCUUAGGCAUUAUGAAAGGUAAUAUCUAUUAGUUAUCUAUAUGGAAAUAAAUACCUCUCUUUUAAAAAUAAAAAAUAAGGUUGCAUAUAUUGAUUUAUUAUUGACAUAGUUUUAAAAAGAAUAAAAAAAGCAUAUGUCUACAACUUAGAUCCUUGAUAAUGAGUAUUUUUAAGAUGUGUAUUGAAUUUGAAAUCCGAAACCUUGAUCAAAAACUAAAAAUGUAUUAUAGUUUCAUAAAUUAUUAUAUAAGUUAUAAGUUUAAAAUAAAACACUCAAUAUUUACCUAAGUAUUAACACUUUUUUUUUAAAGAAUUUAAGAAAUAUGCUCUUCUAAAAAGGUUACAUUACCAUAAUUUUUUAUCGUCCUUAUUCUUGAGGGAAGCCCACUUAGAACUACCUACUUUUGAUUUUCAUAUGGCAACUUCUAUUAAUAAUUCCAUAAUAUAUAGUUAUAAGUUUAAAUACAUUUGAUGUUGAUAUUUUUAAUUUUCACCAACCCACAAUAUUCCACUUUUAUGUUAAGUUGAUGAGAGAUUCAUGAAGUACUAAGUCACUUGCCACACACAUGAUUCUACACUACUUUUCCCCAUACCAAAAUUUAAACUUUGAAUACCUACGAAACCAAAAAUGUCAACUACACAAUUUAUUUAAACUAAUUACGGAAUUUUUAAUAUAGGUAGCUAUUAGAAAAUCAUAAGUAUGUAGUUGUUUUACUAAUAAAAUUAAUCAAUUUUAACAUUUGAAAGAGGUUUGUUUUGUAAAUUGCUAAAAAAAUUCUUUGAUAUAAAUCAAUACUUUGUGAAAUAUUGUGUGUUUUAAAUUAAAUAAAUCACUAUAUACCUUUAUCAUUUCUGUAUUUAAUUAUUAUUUUUACAUUUAUUGGAGUUUAAUUUUAUUUAAAAUAACCAAUGAUGUAUUGAAAAUAAAAAUGUCAUUAAAUAUAUUACCAAUAAUAGUAUUAAAUAUUAUCUUAAUAAUUAUAAUUUUAUUUUAUCUUCCAGUGAAUCUGCUGUUCUAAUUUUACAACUCCAGUGGGAAAAAAUUGAAGAACAAAUUAAAAAUCAGUUUGUUGGAUUUGUGGAACUAAUUAUACCUGUUCUCAAAAAUAUUGAAUGUAUUCCGGAAGUAUUGAAUACAUGUCAGCGUUUUCUAUAUUUAUUAAGGAGUCCAUGGCAUUAUGCUCCUAUGCCACAUUAUGAUGAUAUACCUACUGAAACAACCAACGAAGACUGUAAUAUUUUGAAAAUUUAAUUUAUUCAUAAAAAUAUAAUCAUUCAUUUAUAUAUUUUUUUAGUUUUAAAUUUGGUCACCCACGAAAAGAGUAUUAUAAUAGUGCAUCGAUUGAAGGUGUUAUUAAAUGAUACUGAACAAACUAUAUCUGCAAUGAAAUUCGCAUAUGUGGCAGUGAAGGUUUAUGAAGAAAUUGUAAUUAAGAAUAGUAAUCAGACUUUUUAUCGCGAAGAAGAUUAUGAAUAUAUCAGAGAUACACUCUAUAUACUAUUUGAAUCAAAUUACAGAAGGAGAACGCUUAUCAAUAUUGUAUGUUUAUUUGAUGUAUUUUAUUUUUUAGGAAGUAAUAUUUUUAUGAAUUAAUUAUGAAAUAUCUCAAUAUUUUAUUUUGAUUAUAGUUUAAAAAAAAGGAUCCAAAAGAUGAAGGCAAAAAACUCAUACGUAGUUUUUAUAAAAAAAUUAAGUAUCUUUCAACUUUACAAAAAAAUUACUUGUCAAAUAACCAGAAAACUUUAAUUACCAUUUGUGAAAUGGGUUCCGCUAUUAUGGUUAUGAACUCUGUACAAAAAUAUUAUGAUGCAUCAUACGAAGAUUACAGCGAAAUAAUGCGCUAUUGGAUUAAUAUACUGUUUUUGUUAAGUGAAUCUGAUUUAUUUACUAACAUGAAUAAACCAUUUUAUCAACAAAUUAUUGUUGAUGUUUUUAAGUCAUGUUAUACAGCUGAUCAUGUGUAUACAUUGUUUGAUAUUUUCUAUGAUAAAGUAAGUGAAAAAAAUAAUUGGAGUUAUAAUCAUUUUUUUAGGUAGUGAAAUCAUUGCAGAUUGAUUUAAUUGAUUGCAUUAACUGCUUUAUAUCUAUAGCGAGAAAUUUAUUGGUUUUACAAUGAUGUUUAUUUUUUUUUAUCAAUUAACAAUUUUUCUACCAGAUAUUUUGCUCCAAUUUUCAAGCAUAGUACUUUUUCUGAAAAGAAAUUUUAAUUUUUCAUGAGAGUUCAUAGUAAUAAGGAAAAACCCAGAAAAUUUACAAAAAUAAUACUUUAAUAAUUCAGUUAAAAAUAUUUGUAGAGGUGAUAAAAUUAACAUUUUAACCAUUUUUGAGCUAUUUAUAGACAUUUUGAGAGUUUCCAUCAUUUUUAUUCAGUAGGUACUCUGAGUAUAUUAUUUGAUCAAAUAUAAGCUCAACAGGUUCGUAAAUCAUAAACUAACAUAAAAAUUCAGCAGGUACAUUAAUUUGUACUUUGUGGUAAAAGAAAAAAUUGUUUAAUGUAGAUUUUUUUUUUAUAAUAAUUUUAAUAUCAAAUUUUGAUGAACUUUUUAAAUAUGUAUAACUGAAGUCCGCACUGAAUCAUUUUGCGUUAGUUAUGAAUUAUGACUAAUGAAUAAUAAUUACUAGAGCGUGGAUUUAUAAUCUAUUAAAAUAGCCAAAAUAUGUUUUUAUAUUAAUAUAUUCUUUUAACAUCAAAAUAUGUACUUAUAUACAAAGCAAAUUUGAUAAAUAAUAAUUAACAACUCAAUAACAUUAUUAAAAUGAUAAUAAAUUCAUUUUUUUAGAUAGUUAUUUCCGCAUUAAAUUCAAAUUUGUAAAUCAAAUUACAACCAUAAUAAAAUAUAUAAAACCAAUUUUUUUAAUUUUAUCAGUACUUAAAUACAAAGGAAAUCUCUUUUUCCCUGAAGAAAACCUGUGAUAAUUUAUGUGGUAACAAUUAUUAUCAAUUAUUCAGGUCUUAGGUAGUGUGUUGUUUGUAAAAUAACUAUAUACGAAAUUUUGACCAACAGGAUCAAGAUCAUUUACCGUAUUCAUAUUAUGAUAAACAGUAAAAUAAUAAAUUUCACACUUCAUUAUCAUUUGUCAAUUAUCACAACUGUUAAAAUGUACAUAAUUUUUUAAUUCCUGGAAAUAUUUCAAUUCAUAAAUUUUUAAUCAGUCAAAUAUAAUAAAAAACUGAUUUUAUAUAAAUGUAUUCUCUUAGCAUCAAAAUAUGCACUUAUAUGCAAGAUAAAAUUUUGUGUUCAGAUUCUUUGUACUGUGAAUCCUUGACAUAUCUUACUCUCAUGGUUAUGUAUAAAUCCAUUAAAAACUUGUUUUUACAUAGAAAUCCAUGCUCUAAUGAUUACAUAUACAUUAAAUUCCCUAAUUAUCCAAAGGUAUCCAAUAUAUUCUACCUUUCCAAUUUCUCACAUACAACAGUGUCCCACCCAUGUAUUUAAAUCCUUUUUUCAUUUAGUAUUCUCCCUAUUUUUUUCCUGGUUUGCAUAAUUUUUAAGUAAAACAUGACUUAAUUAGUAAAUUCACUCAAAAUAAACAAAAAAAAUGUUCUUGUUGAUAUUUGACACUCCAGAAGUAUUUCUGGUUGAAAACAUAAAUUAUAAAAAUCUGUCUUAGGAUAAUGGGUAUGAGUGCAGCCAGUGUUGUAGGUGAGAAAGGAAUUUAAUUUAGAUUUUUAAGAAAUGAUCAACCAUUGCUAAUGAAAAAUUAUUCUGAGCAGAGUUCAGUUAAUGAGAGUAGUGAUGUUUUGUCAACAAUGUAUAUAUCAUAUUAUGGUAAAAUAAUUAAAUAUGCAUUAUAUAUUUUCUUCAAUUAUAUUGUGUAGUAGUAUUGUAAACAAUUUUUCCUGUUUUUCUAAGUUUAUCCAGGUUAUCCUGUAUUUUUUCAUUUGCUGGGAAAACUUUUAGGAAAAUUGAAAAAUAACCUCUCUAAAGUAUACCUCCCCAGUCAGAUUUCAGAAAAGGUGUUAUACUUAAAAAUUAAAGCAAGAUUUCUAUUAGAGUUGUCCUCAAAAAAAAAAAAAAUUAUAAUAAUAAACAUCUUUGUAAAACCUCAGAACCUAUAUUUUAUACUAAGGAAAACAUGUGCAAAUCAAAUAAUGACCUCUUCAAUGCACUGACUAGAUCUAAAAUGUAACCAAAACCAAUAGACCCUUUACUAGCCUUAGAAUCUAAACAAAAUAAUAACUUAUAUGAUAUAACAUAGAAAUAAAAAAAUAAUUAUGUAUUUAUUUUUCAUUUAAUUUUUUUAAAUUAGUGUAAAAUUUUAAAAUAGUUUAUUUCCCCCCCUACAUUUUUCCCAAUUAUAAUAAUUCUAUAACAUAUAUAUUGAAUACAAUUUUGUACUUAAAUUGCCAAAACAUUAUUUGAUUUAUUUAUGUAUAUAUUAAUUUAUAAGCUUAAUAAAUUGACUAGUUGUAAAUAUUUUCUAUAACCAUAAAAGUUUUUCUACUGAAAAAUUGAAUUGUUUUUUAUUGCAUACAGGUGAUUCAUUUAAGUGGGUACACUCAUUAUCUUGGAAAGUAUCGAGUGUUUUCUAGAACAUUUAAGAAACAACCAGCUCUACAAUUUUAUAUUAAUGUUAAUUUUUGUAACCCUUAUUUUUAAGGGUAAAACUACUACCUAUUUUUGAUUUUCAAAUAGCAAUCUAUAUUAAAAAUUCCAUAUAUAGAUGGAGGUUUUGUUAAAUUAAAUACGAUUGUUGAAAUUUUUGAUUUCCGUCAGACUGUUGACCAGAUAUUCUACUUUUCAGUUUGGAUUGGUGGAGAAUGGUAGUGCAUUAUUUACAAACCAUGAGCUCUGUACUGCCACACUAAUGAUAGUCCAUUACUUUCCUCCAAUUCAAAAUUAAAAGUGGAAUAUCUCAUCAACAACUUGACAAAAAUCAAAAAUUUCAACACUGAAAUUUAUUUUAAUUAAUAAUCCAUCUAUUUAUGGUCUUUUUAGUAUAGAUUGCCAUUAGAAAAUCAAAAGUAGGUAGUGGUUUUACCCUUAAAAAUAAGGGUUACAAAAAAUAACAUAAAUAUAAAAUUGUAGAGCAGCUUGUUUCUUAAAUGUUCUAGAAAACAAAAGUAAAAGUUAAUACUUUAAGUGUAAGUGUAUAAGUGUACCCACUUAAAUGAAUCACCUGGUAUAAUAAAAAUUUUAAGUUUUAUUAUUAUUGUAUACAUAAUUAUAAAAAAAAAAAAUUAUUUCUGUUUGCAGUUUGGUUCUAAAAUUCCCAAAACGUUCUAUCUGAGUACCUUUAUUCGUGGGUUGACAAUGAAUGUUGAUGAAAAAUUGUAUCGCAGAUGUCAUGAAAGUAAAGAAAAAAUAUGGCUAUCAGUACUAAGUUUAAAACAUGGCUAUUUAAAAUUGUCUAAACUACUAGAAGAUUUAUUCUGUGCAUAUCGGGAGUGUGUUUUGUCUGCAUAUUGCAUAUUACCUGACAAGGAUCUUAUGGAUGAAAUUGAAAAUAUUGCAAUUAAAAGUGGUAAACUAGUUCUAGAAGAUUCAACUAAUGUUCCUUGGUAUUACAUUGAUAAAAUCCAAAGGAAAUCUAGAAAACCUUAUAAAUUACAGAAAAAAAAUACUCAAAUACAUAGUAAGAUAGAUAUUACAUUAAUGUUGCAUAAAAACAGUGAAGAUUCUUAUUCCAAGGUUGUUCAUGAACUUGAAAAUUUACAACCAGAACCAUUAACUAAACACAUGAUAGAAUGUAUAGUGGAUGUUUUGAGUUUUCCACGCAUGGGGUCAGUAGAUUGGAACAUGCAAUGGUCAGAAAUUAAAACUGUUUGUCAACAACUGAUGGAUGACAUAGACAUAGUGUUAAACAGAAAUUUAUUGAAAGUUAAUGAUUUACAAUUCCUUCAUGUUGAUAUAAGAGAACACAAUCUAUAUAUUUUAGAGAAAAGGAAAAUGUUAGGACUUGAUAAAGAUAAUUUCAGUUAUGGUAUUUCUAGUGAGGAUGAAGAAUCAAAUAAAUCUAAUUCGUCAGGAGAUAGAGUAUAUUUUAACUUGGAUAAUUCAAAAAGUCAACGACAAAGAAAAUCAAAAAGAAAAAUUAAAAAAAUCAAACCCAAAACUUUACGAGCAAGAAUUAAAAAAGAAUCUAAAAAAUCAAAUAGUAAAACUAGAUUAACAGGUAAAAAAUCUGAAGUUGAGACUAAAGGUAAUUCAGUUGGUUUUACAUUAAGAAAAUCUGAUAAGACUAACCCUUAUGCUGACCCUACAUUAGAAGGAAAAAAUGACUGCUCUGAUAAUAAUUUUAAAAAUAAUACUGAAUCUCACCUAUGUAUGGCACAACCUAAACUAGUUUCCAAGAGUAUAAAACAUAAUGUUUAUCAUUUAUCAUCUAAACCUUCUUCAGUCAGUAAAAUUUCAAAAGAAAAUGAUAGUGUAAACUCUGUUGAAAAUGAUAUAGAAAAUAUAAAAAGUAACAUUAAUACUACUUUAGAAAAAAAUAAGAAUACCAUAGUUCUUAAUAAUUCUGUUGGGUUGAUUUUAGAAGGAAAUGAUAAUGUCACCACUGAUGACAAUUUUAAAAAUAAUAUCAAACUUCAACCAUGUGUGGUAUUACCAAAAAGAGUUGCUAAGAGAAAAAACAGUACAGCCCAUGAUUCAUUACAUAAAACUAAAGUUAUAAAAAUUUCAAAAAUAAUUGAGAAUGUUAACCCUGGUAGAAAUGACAUAGAAAAUAUAAAUAGUUCAUACGAUACUAUUUCAGAAACUAUUGAAAAUGUUAUAGCUGAUAACAUUGUACAACCAAAUAUUACAGAUUCUGUUGGUCCUAUUUUAGAAGUAAAUGAUAAUAUAAUCACAGAUGAUAAUUUGGAAAAGAAUAUUGGACCUCAACAAAAUAUUACAGAGGCAAACAAUUUUCAUAAAAGAAAAGCACAUAUUAAUUUUGAUUUAUCAUCAAAACUUUCAGUAAUGACAAUUUCAAAAGAAAAUGAGAAUAUUACAUCUAUUAAUAAUGAUACACAAAAUAUAAACAGUUCAGUUGAUACUUUUGUAGACACAAAUGAGAAUGGUACUGAUAUAACAUUUAUACAAAAUGUUAGAGAUUCUGUUGAUUCCAUUUUUGAAAAUCCUGGCAAUACUAUUCCACAAACUAAUCAAAAAGAAAAUUAUAUUCAGUUCAUUUUAGAAAAAAAUAUCACCAUUGAUGGCAAUUUCAAAAGUAAUACUAAACCUCAACAAAAUAUUAAAAAAACUAAACGAAUAAUUAAAGUAGAAUCUUGUACAUUUUUUUCAGAUAAUACUACUAGUUCAGUUCAUCCUAUUUCAGCACAAAAUGUUAAAGCUUUUUUUGAUUCCCUUUUAGAAAAAACUGACAAUAACAGUCCUGAUACAAAUUUAGAAGAAAAUUUUGCUGGGUUGAUUUUAGAAGAAAAUGACAAUACCAGUACUGAUACAAAUUUAAAUAGAAAUACUAUUGAUUUGAUUUUAGAAGAAAAUGACAAUAACAGUACUGAUAUAAAUUUAAACAGAAAUACUAUUGAUUUGAUUUUAGAAGAAAAUGACAAUAACAGUACUGAUAUAAAUUUAAACAGAAAUACUAUUGAUUUGAUUUUAGAAGAAAAUGACAAUGUAACCACAGAUAACAAUUUACAAAAGAAUAUUAAACCACAACAAAAUAUACAAAGAACUGAACCUUCUGUGAUUCUUAAUUCACGAGUAAAUGAGAAUGUAAAAUCCUGUAAAAAUAUUUUAAAAGGCAAUGAAAGUACAGAGGAUUCUCUUUUAGAAAAAAUUAAGAAAAACAAAGCUAGUAAAAUUUUAAAACAUAAUGUUAACAAUUCUGUUGAUUCUAUUUUAGAAGAACCUAACAAUACAAGUCCUUAUGCAAAUUUCGAUGAAAAUUCUGUUGGGUUGAUUUUAGAAGAAAAUGGCAAUACCAGUACUGAUACAAAUUUAAAUAGAAAUACUAUUAAUUUGAUUUUAGAAGAAAAUGACAAUGUAACCACAGAUAACAAUUUACAAAAGAAUAUUAAACCACAACAAAAUAUACAAAGAACUAAACCUUCUGUGAUUCUUAAUUCACGAGUAAAUGAGGAUGUAAAAUCCUGUAAAAAUAUUUUAAAAGGCAAUGAAAGUACAGAUGGUUCUCUUUUAGAAAAAAUUAAGAAAAACAAAACUAGUAUAAUUUUAAAACAUAAUGUUAACAAUUCUGUUGAUUCUAUUUUAGAAGAACCUAAUAAUACCAGUUCUUAUGCAAAUUUCAAUGAAAAUUCUGUUGGGUUGAUUUUAGAAGAAAAUGACAAUACCAGUACUGAUACAAAUUUAAAUAGAAAUAAUAUUGAUUUGAUUUUAGAAGAAAAUGACAAUAUCAGUACUGAUAUAAAUUUAAACAGAAAUACUAUUGAUUUGAUUUUAGAAGAAAAUGACAAUGUAACCACAGAUAACAAUUUACAAAAGAAUACUAAACCACAACAAAAUAUACAAAGAACUGAACCUUCUGUGAUUCUUAAUUCACGAGUAAAUGAGAAUGUAAAAUCCUGUAAAAAUAUUUUAAAACAUAAUGUUAACAGUUCUGUUGGUUCUAUUUUAGAAGAACCUAAUAAUACCAGUCCUUAUGCAAAUUUCAAUGAAAAUUCUGUUGGGUUGAUUUUAGAAGAAAAUGGCAAUACCAGUCCUGAUAAAAAUUUUAAAAAAAAUACUAUUGAUUUGAUUUUAGAAGGAAAUGACAAUAAAAUCACAGAUAACAAUUUAAAAAAGAAAACUGAACCACAACCAAGUAUUAAAAGAACCAAAAGAAUUAUUAAAGUAAACAAAUGUAAAGACUUUCAUUAUUCCUUAUCUAAACGUUCUGUGCCUACUACUUCACAAGCAAAUAAGAAUAUAAAAUCUGGUAAAAAUGUUUUAGAAAAUGAUGCAAGUAAAGAAGGUUCUAUUUUAGAAAAAAUUGAGAUCGAUGGAGCUGGUAAAGUUAUAGCACAUAAUCUUAAGAGAUCUGCUGAUUCUAUUUUAGAAAGAAAUGACAAUAUAACCACAGAAAACAAUUUAAAAAAGAAAACUGAACCACAACCAUGUAUUAAAAGAACCAAACGAAUUAUUAAAGUAAACAAGUGUAAAGACUUUCAUUAUUCCUCAUCUAAACCCUCUGUGAAUAUUAAUUCUCAAGUAAAUGACAAUGUGAAAUCCUAUAAAAAUGUUUUGGAAAAUGAUGCAAGUUCAGUAGAUACUUAUUUAGAAAAAAAAAAUAAUAGUGUAGCUGGUAAAGCUGUUACACGAAAUAAUAAGAUAUUGGCUAGUUCUAUUUUAGAUGAAAUUGGCAAUACUACUCCUAAUAGAAGUUUAAAAAGAAAUGCUGUUGGUUUAAUUUUAGAAAGAAAUGACAAUAUAACCACAGAUAAAAAUUUAAAAAAGAAUAAUGAACUACAACCAAGUAUUAAAAGAACCAAAAGAAUUAUUAAAAUAAACAAAUGUGAAGACUUUCAUUAUUCCUUGUCUAAACCCUCUGUGGGUAUUAAAUCUCAAAUAAAUAAAAAUGUAAAAUCCUGUAAAAACGUUCUAAAAAAUGAAACUAGUACAGUGGGUUCUACUUUAGAAGUAACUAACAAUACAAUUUCUAAUACAAAUUUACAAAAUAAUUCCAAACCGCAACAAAAUAUUAAAAGAAGCAAACGAAUUAUUAAAUCAAACAAACAUGAAGACUUUCAUUAUUCCUUAUCUAAACAUUCUGUGCAUACACCUUCACAAGCAAAUACAAAUAUAAAAUCUGGUAAAAAUGUUUUAAAAAAUGCCAAGGGUCCAGUUGAUCAUAUUUUAGGAAAAAGUAAUGUCACCACUGAUAACAAAUAUAAUACUGAACUUAAGGCAACAAAAAUAAAAAGAUUAAUAAAAACAAAUAAAAAUGAUGAUUAUGAAUAUCCAUUGUCUAAAGGUACUAUGAGAACUGCUUCACAAGAAAAUUAUAAUGUAAAUUCUGAUAAUAAUAUUUUAGAAAAUAAUUCAAGUUCCAAUGGUACUGUUUCUGUAAAAGAUAAAAAUGUAGUAAAAAAUGUUAAUUGGUCUAUUUUAAAAGAAAAUACAAGUGCUUCUGUGGCACAAAGAAUAAAUAGAUUGACAAAACGAGUUGUGAGGAAUAAAACGCAUCAGGAAUUAGAUAAUUCGCCAUCUAGGUCUAGAACUACAACCAAAAGAUCAUUGAAUUCUAUUUCAAAAAAAAAUAAAAAAGUUAAAACUUCUAAAAAUGACACACCACAACAGGUAGCAAAAAAGAGGAAAAUGUCUGUUUCCAUUUUAGAAAAAAAUGAUACAGCCAAUACAGAUUCAAAAAGAAAUACAAAACGUGUUGGUUCUAUUCUAAAAGAAAAUGAAAGUGUUAAAACUUCUAAAAAUAAACAAGAAAAUGUAUUUCAACAUAAAAUAGUAAGACCAAAAAGACUUAUAAAAAAAAAACAGUAUAAUGAAUAUGUUUAUUCAGUGUCCCCAAGGACUGUUGGUUUUAUUUUGGAAAAAAAUGAUAAUACCAAAGCUGGUGGAAGUUUAAAAGGUAAAGCAAGACUUUCAGUUGAUUCAAACACUAUUGUAAAAGAAAAAGAAAAAGUCAAUUCGGUCUUAAAUAUAAAAAAAGAUGAAUUAAUUCCUUUGAGAGCAAAACGGUCAAUCAUUAAAACUGAACUCAAAGAAUAUGAUUAUUCAGUGACUUCAAGAAAGACCAGAAAUUCAAAUAAAACCAAUUGUCCAUUAAAUAGUGGAUUAUCAAAAGACAGAAAUGUAUGUUCAACAACUAAUAAUUCAUCAUCAACAAGCACAUCAAAUAAUUUAUUUAUGAAUAAUGAAUCGCAUGAUCCAUAUUACAAUGAGGACCAUUUAAAUAAUUUACGUCAACAAAUGACUCAACUUAGCUCAAUAGAAUAUAUGAUUCCAAAAAAUACAGAUCAUAUUGUGAAUGUAGUACAGAUUCAAAUUACAUCAAAUCCUCUAACAAAUGUAUCACAAACUCAAACAGAACAUAUUUCGAAUCAUUCUAAUAAUGAGAUAGAGAAAAAAACUAACAACAAUCAAACUAACACUCAUUCAUUGGAUAAUUUUGUUUCUUUAUAUCAAUCAAAUUCAUUAAAUAACAACAUAAAUUCUAUUCAAGAUUCUGGAAUCCAAGGGGAAUGCAGUUUUACUGGAAGGGUUUCUGUUAGCAAUCAAAGAAUAGCUUCCGAUUCUAAUUCAAAUCUUCACAAUAUAAGUCAGUGUGAAACAACCAAACUAAUUGGAUCACAAGAUGUGUUAUUAGACCAAAAUUCAAUUAAUUUAAAUCAUGGUUGUUGGAAUGAUAUUAAUUUACAAAAUUCUGGAAAUCAUUUACAAUCUACAAUUGAAAAUGAUGUACAUCUAUCUUCUAAUGUAAUAGUUAGAACAUCAGAUAUUAUUACUUCAAGUGUUGUAUCUCAUACUGGCCAACUAAGAAAUGCGACAAAGAAGUCUUAUUGUAUUAAAAAUCGUGAUAGGUUUAUUGAUUUAACAUUGCCUGAUUCGAUUUCUUCUAUUUCAACUAACAGUAACAAUUGUUCAACAAAUGUAAUGAAUUCAAACAAACCAACUUUUGACUCAAAAGUUCACCCAUCUUCUCCAGUUCAAACAUCAGUAGGAUUACAGGUCAACUUUAAUAAUCCACAAUCAGAAUGUAUACAAAAUGCAAUGUCUCCGAAUAACCAAUCUACACAAAUAUGUACUAAUGUUUCCGAAAACUCUACUUUGACUAAUAUUUCUACAUUAAAUGAUCAAAAUAUCAUAAACACUAUUAACAGUGUAGUUAGCACUUCCUCAAUUGUAAAUACUUUGUUUAUAAAAGAAAAUCACAUUUUGGAUAAUUUGAAAUCAACCAUGCCUGUAGUAAACACUGUUUCUAGUAUUCAAACUCAAACAUGUAUGGAUGGUUUACAUAUAUCAAAUGAAGUUUCUAAUUCUAAUGCUUCAGUAAUAUCCUUGACGAUUGCAUCAACACAAAGUCAAGUUAUUAAAACUAAUGUACAUAAUUCAUUGUAUACAACUUCACAAAAUCAAAGAGUACCACAUGCAGACUUGAGUCAUAUUACCCUUGAAAUAAAUAAAUCUGAUGAACAAAAACAAAUUGACCAUCUAAAAUUAGUAAGUCAAACAUUUAUUACUACAUCAGAAGCGAUUAAAUUUGUUACUAGUAGUACUGAAUCGCAUAAUUUUUUUCAGAGUAAUGAAAAAACCAGAACAUCAAAUCUUGCUAGUUUUCCAAAUACUACAGAAAGUGGUGUAUCCAAUAUAAAUCAAGAAAACAAUCUAAAUUCUAAACUGACUAAUAGAGGACGAGGAAGUAUGAGAACUUAUGAAAGUAAAACUAGAGCCUUAAAACAAGCUAAUAUGUCUGAUAUGUUUGUAUUUGAAAAAGGGACACUUUAUGCAGCUCAAGAUGAUGUUGUAAAUCAAAUAGAGCAUACUAAACUGGGUAUCUCUUCAAAAAACCACACAAUGACAACUCAAGCUAAAAUAAAAAACACAAUCACUACUAAGGAAUCUUUGGAAAAGCCAAAACUUUCCACUAAUGCAUCUCCAAAUAUCACCAUCACAGGCUCCAUGUUACCAAGAUUUCAACAAGUUUUUGGUAAAACUAAAUUCCAAACUUCAACUAUUAUCAAUGAUACAUCAUCACUUUGUUCAACCAGUGUGAUAAGUAAUCCUAGUACUGGGCCAAUUGUUAAUCAAACUAAUGUGUCAAUGUCCAGAGUUUAUUCGUCUUCAAAAGGUGUACAGACCAACCAUGAAAUAGAUCAAAUUAUCUCCAACUCCAUUAACUGUUUAAGGCCAAAAAUAGUAGACAAUAAACUUCAGCAGAAUAUAACUAUGACAAAAUCUACUAAUGCAGUGAUUGACAAUAAUAAAAAUAAUGUUAUAAUGACUUGUAAAACUGGCUCUUCUGUGAAAAAUAUCCCUGAAGUUUCUUUAUUGUCUACUCAUCAAACUUUAACAAGUAAUAUAGAUACUAAUAAUAUCAUUAAGAAAGAAUUUUGUGAAACACCUACAUCUGAAGUUUCAACAUUUACUACUUGUAAUAAUUUAGUAGCAUCUUCCAGUUCGAAUAUAAUAAAUUCAAUUCCAAUAGAAAGCGAAUCAAAUGAUAAUAUAGAAAAAAUUACACAUACUACAACACAUAGACAUCUCAAAGUUCCUCCUCCAAUUGUACAAACUAUUUUACGUAGACAUCCUAAUUGGCAACAAAAUAAGUUUCGUCAAGGUAAACAAAGUACUGAAGUAAUGGCAUCCUCUACAUUUGAAAGAUUAAUUUCAUCAAAUAUGUUAAAUGUUACUAAAACUACUAUAGAAUGUUCAAAUAAUAAAGUAUUAGUGAGUACUAUUAAACCUAAUGUCACAGAGUCAAAUGUUAGUUCUUCAAUGAUGGAACAAGUGAGAGAAUUUGAAUCUGUAUUAGAAGAAGUUAGAAAAACAUCAUUGAUGAAUGAAAUGAGUACUGUUAGUAUGUUACCUCAAAUAAAUCAUGAAAUAAUUCAAAUUGAUUCACCUAUAGAAAAUGUUGAUUUGCUCAAUGCAAAUAGUAAUCAAACAUUAUUUCCUUUAAAUGAAAAACCAAAUAUGAGCAAUGAAAGAGAUCAUUGUUCAUUUUCAUUUUUGAAUCAAACAUUGUCCAAUGUAAAUGAUAUAAGUGAAGAAAAGGAACCAGUGACAGCGCCACCAACAACAAUUUCAGUUUCUAGUGUUACACCUGUACCAGCAGAAACAUCACCCACCAGCAAUAUUUCAGUAAAUCCUACUGAUGGUUCACCACAAUGCCCUAAUAAUCAGAUUGAAAAUAUAUCAAAUCCGAUUAUUAAUACAUCGGCCAAUUCUCCACCAAUUUCAACUGUUAAAGUUCCUGUUUUGCAGCAGAAACCAUUACCGAAAUUGCAAGAAGAUGAACAAACAACACAACGAAUAUAUGCAAUACUUGAUAAAUAUGCUGAACAACUCCGUAAUUCACCUGAAUUAAAAAAUAAACCAGCGCCAAGACGUAGGACUAACCCACCAACCAAUCCAAGUAUAAACACCAAACGUAAAAAGUCGAAUCAAUUCAGUUUAAAAUCUUGUUCUCAACAAACAUCUUGCUCUUCAUCUGGUAUGGAAAUGAGUCCUACUUCUGAUGUGCAAGCUCUAGAUAGCGAGGACAGUUCUAAUGCUGUGAGCCAUUUUUCUCAUAUUAUUAACUCUCCUUCUGGAAAUUCUGAUGAGCAAAAUACAGCAACAGUAAUUUUAGAAAAUCCUUCAAUUGAAAAUACAUUACUUACUGUUCAUGAUGUUAUUAAUAAAAUUAAUAUAGAAGCUGAAAUAAAGUCUCAAGUAUCUCAAUCCACUCAAAUUGUCAUGAACGGAACCUCUGGAUCAUUUUUAUCUAUGCCUGAAAGCAGCGCUGCAAAUGUUAGACUAGUAGUUGCAGCAGGAAAAAAUCAAAAAAUGUAUCGGUUGCAUUGUCCUGUAACUGGACCAGGUCCUGUACUAUUUCAACAAAUUUCUUCUAAUGAUUCUUGCUCAAAUGAUGUUAAAAUUUCUUCAAAUAUAUUAGGACAAAGCAUUAGUGAAUCCACUAUAUUAUCAGCUUUGACAUCAUGUGAUUUACAAAUCACAAAUACAGAUUUAGUUAAUGAAAUUUCAUCAAACACUACUUCUAAAACUCCAAAAAUAACUGAUUCUAAAACAAUUAAACCUGAUAUUAUUUUAGAAUCAAUGGAAAAAGCUCAAGUCCUUGAUAAUGAUGAAAAGCAAUUGCCCUUAUAUCCUGUUAUGAAAAAAAGUCAAGGAUCUCAAAGUACAUUUAGUGUUAUACAUUCUCUUCCAAAAUAUGAACCAGAUGAUACAAUUGAAUCUUUAACUAACUCUCAAAACAAUAUUUCAGAAGAUAUUCAAAAUAACCUCCAUGAUAACAUACAGGAUGGUUUAAAUGUAAAAGAAGAAACAGUUCCUUUGAAAAAUGAUCCAGUUGUUAAAACUCUUAAAAAUGAGGUUCCUAUUUGUAUUCCACCAGGAUCUUCAGAAAGUACUGGUAUGAAUUUUGAAGAUUUGGGAUUCCCAACAUUUCAAGAAGACAAACAAAAUAAUACAACAAACACAACUGAUGCAGUUAAAAAAAACAACCAACAAAAGAUUAGUGAAGUAAAAAUUGAGAAAGGUAAUACUGAUAUCGUUUCAAUAGACUAUUUUGGUGAUAAUCGAGUAGUAUCCAAUGAACUAAAUAACUCUUGUUCAGUGAUAUGUGAGGAUGGUUUAGUAAUUAAACAAGAAAAAUCAUUCAGUUCUACUACCGACGGCACCUCAAAUACUUCAGAUUUUUCCAAUAUCAAAAUUGAAGAAGGCGAAAUCAAAUCCACCCAUACAUCUAAUAUACGUGAGUUAUUAUAUAUUUAAACUUUGUAGUUGUUUGUAUAAUAAUUUUAAAAUAAUUAAGGGAUUUAUAAUUAUCAGUCCAAAAUGUUUAAUUGUCAAAUAAAAUAACAAUUAUUACUUGGAUACAAUUUUUAAAAACUCAGUAUUUCUUGUAAAAUUAUUAAAUUUGAGCAUUAACAUUGUUUGGGAGGGAGUUAAAAAUUAUAAAAUACACAUAAUACCAAGCAUGGUAAUGCAUCUACAAAAUGCAUCCCUGGUUCAUUUGAGGUUCUGUAGUGGUGUUCAAUGCUUAAAAAAUGCCCCUUCUCCAACAACAUGGUGAAGUUAAUAUAGAAAUUUGGUCAAAAUGUUAUCACUUAAAUCUAUCUAUAUAACAAAAAAAAAACUUCCCUAGUUAAGCUCUUUUGGUUCAGAGAAAGCUACCAAAAAUGUCUUAAUUGUCCAAUAACAAACAAUAAAAUGUAAUAAUCUCUAUUUUUAAGGAAUAUUCAACAAUAAAAGAAAAUAUUGUAUCUGGAGUACUUUUUUUCGAUAUUAAAAUAAUGAUGUUUUAAUUUGAUCAAAAUAUAUGAGUAUAUUAAAAUUUAUAGUAUUAAAAUCUUUUACAAGUUUAUUUAUUAAUUUUGUUGACAGAUAAAGCAGAAAAAACAUCAGGAAUUAUGAAAAUAGAGUGUGAAUCAAAUAAUAAAAAUGAUAACAGUUUUAGUAUUUCUACAUAUAAAUUACUGGAUGAUCAAUUUUCCGACAUAAAAAAUACAAAAUUUUUGGUACAAAGUUUAAAAUCUGAUAAGACAUCUAAAACUUGGACUGUUUGUUUAUCACAAAUAAUGCCUUCAGGAACAGAAAAAAUGUUAGAAGGAGAAAACUUGGUACGAUUACAGGAAUUAUUUGAACAAUCUGAAAUAAAAACAUUUAAAGAUUUUAAAAAAUUUUUAUUUGAACAAUGUAAACAAUUUGAUGGCAAUGUGGAAAGGCUCAAAGAGUACAAUUUGUACGAUAUUAUGAAAGGCUUAAGUGUUGAUAAAUUUAGCCCAAAUGAACUAUUUUCCGAUAUAGCUGUAAUACACAAUUUGGAUAAGUCUGAAAAUACCAACCUUGUAUUGGAACAUACAUCUACAUCAAAGUUAAUGGAUAUUAAUAAUUUACAAGUUAGACGUAAAUCAGUUUUAUCCCAUACAACUACCUCAACUGUUAUUACCACAGGUGCAGAGCAUGCAGCUAGUGUAGCUUGCAAGAAAAAUAAAACUAAAGUAUCUUUUUUAAAGCAAGCAUUGUAUAAUGAAAUGCAUCAAGAUGCUAAUGAUUGUGAAUCUAAACACUUUUUGAAUGGUAGUACAAAAACGGUUUUUGACUCAAUGGAACAGAUUGAUUCUGGUCCAGAAUCUCCAUUAAAUACUACCACUGCAGAUUCAGAAACUUGUAUGUCUGAAGACAGCACAUCAACAAUUAGUAGUGGCACACCACAUUAUAACUUCCGUAAAAGUAAACGUAAAAACAAAAACUUUGAAGAAGAUGGAUUUAUUGAAUCUCAAGUGAUCAAGCGUAUGUAUAGAGGACGUGCAGCAGAAAACAAUGAAGAAAAGGCUGAAAUUCCUAAAAUCAGUAAUGUAAAAGUACAAACAAGUGAACAAAAACAGACAGUUGAAAAAAAAGAAACCAACAUUAGAAGAAUAUCAAGUCGCCUAAAAAACAAUGCUAAAAACAAUCAACAGUUAUCAAAUAAAUCUCCGCAAAUGGACAGUCCUCCUUGUAGGAUUACAUCAACCCGAGCAUCCCUUAGGAGAGUUUCAAAAAGAACUACUUAACUAUUAACUAUUAAUUGUUUAAAUUGUACAAAUAAGUUAUGUAAUGUUGUAAUGUUACUUAAAGUUACCAUUACUCCAGCUAAAGGAGUAUAUUAUCUAGCACAAAAUCAGUAAAAAUGCGAAGAUAUUUUAAAAUACAUAAAAUACUAAGUUUAUAAAAAUAAAUCAAAAUUAUUCACUUUAAUAUUGCCAUACAUAUACAAGUUUAGUUUUGUUAGAUAUUAAUAGUUUGAAUCCUAAUUAUUUAUACUUUGGAUGACAAAAAAUUUAAUUAAUUAUUAAAAAAAAAAAAAUUUUGUUUGUUAUUUUGAACUACUGAUAUAUAUUUUGUAGUAGUAUAUUUAUUUUGUCUUGUUUAAUUAUGUAAUAUAUAUAUAAGUAAAAUAUGUUCUUUAUUGUAUCAAAACUUUGUCUUGUGUAUGAUCAAAUAUUUUACUAUCGUAAAACAAUUUGUAAUAAAUAGCAUUAAAAAGAGGAUAUUAUAAUAUGUUAUACUUAUUAUAUAUUUUUGAAUAUAUUCAUGUACACUAUAUAUAUAAAAAAAGUUAAUAUUUUCUUUAUAUUGUGUAGUACAUUAAUCAUAAGUAAAUAUUUGUAUUACUUAAGACAUGAUCAAUUAGUAAAUUAUUUUUAAUUACAUUAACUUUUUAACCAGCAUAAAAUGAUUUUUUUUAGGCGUAAUUUUGCUUUAGGUCAAUAAUUUAGUAUUUUUAUGUCAUGUUUAGUAAAGAAAGGUAACUCAUACAAAUAAUAACAUUUAUAACAUUCUUAACUUCUAUUAAGAAAUACAAUCAUUAAGUUUUAGAAAUUGUUAUAUUUAUAUUAAAUAUUAUGGAAGUUAGAAAUGUACUUUAUUUGUCAACCUUUUAAAAAUACUUAUACUGAUUUCUCAAUAUUUAUUAAACUAUUAAUCGUUGACUAAUUUGUUUUAUGUUUUAUUUAAUAUAUAUUUUAUAAAAUUAAAAGAUGAAUACUAGGUAUGUGUCUGCCUUUGUAUUCUAAAAAAAAAAAACCAAAACUCAAUUGGUUUUUAUGUUCAGUUUACUGUAUAAUUUGAACAGUUGUUUUUAUUAAUUAUUAUUAUUAUUAUUAUUAUUAUUAUUAUUAUUAUUAUUAUUAUUAUUAUUAUUAUUAUUAUUAAUAUUAUUAUAAUCAUCAUUAUUAUUUUUAUUAUUAUUAUUAUUAUUACUACUAUUAUUAUUAUUAUUAUUAUUAUUAUUAUUAUUAUUAUUAUUAUUAUUAUUAUUAUUAGUACUUCUACUACCUACUACUACUAUUAGUAUUAUUAUUACAUAAAAUAAUUUGUUUAAUUCAUUUGUCUGUGCAUUUUGAGUGCAAUUUGUGUAUCACCAAAUAUUAGGAUAAUAGACUUAUACUGGGGUAUGAUGAAGAUGAUAAUAAUUUAUAUAUACCAAUUUAACUUGUAUGUAAUUAUAUUUUGUUUUAUCAUUAAAAAAUAACAAAUUAUUUGACCAUUGAAAUUUAUAUUAACAUAAAUAAUAUAAAAUAAUACAAAAUGUAUAAAUAUUUAAUAUGCAUAAAUAUAAUUAAGUGUGUAUUUAUUUUAAACAAAUAUAUUUUCUCCUUAGUUAAACUACAUUUUUUAAAAUUAUUACAUAGAUAUAACCAAAUAUAUUUUUAAAGUGAAAAAAAAAUUAAACCAAUUAGCUCAAUAAAUAAACAAUGAGUUAUUUUAAAUAAGACAUAUAAAUGGAUUAUAUAAAAAAUAUAACUGUAAGUAAAUUAAUAUUAAAUGUCUGUCAAAUUUGUAAAGAAUACAAUAGUGUACUUUUAUAAUAGAUAAUUGUUUUGUUUAUUUAUAUUUAUUUUUGUUUUUUGAAAAUUUACCAAAGAAAUCAGUUACAUGUAAAUGUUUAUUGAGAAAUUAAAAAUUAAGUAACAAAUUAUUGUAUAAAUGUAAUAAUUUUAAAAUUCAAAACUUUGAGAAACUAAUAUUGUAUUGUUCAUGAAAAAGACUUAACUUAUUUAUAAUAUAAAUUAAAAUUACUAAAAAAAAAAAUCCCUUGUCUUUCCAAUGUAUUGUUAUUUUAUUAAUUAAAUUUGUAUAAAACCAUAAGUGCAACAAAAUGUUGAGCUGUUUAAAUCUAAAUAAGAACCCAAAUAUAAUAUUAUGAAUUUGUUUUUAAACCAUUAUUACACUUAAUUAAUUUAAUUUGUUCUUGUACACAUUUACUCCAGCUAUAGAUUUAUUUUGUAUACUUUAAUUUCAUGUUUAAAUAUUUUACCAAUGCAGAAUUUUGUUAAACUUUUUUUUGUAUUAUUCACUGUUACAAUUAUAAUUUGUAGCAAGAUUCGUUUUUAGUGAUUAUAUUAUUAUUAUUAUUGAUUUACUUACAAUUAGUGUUUAAUGUUAAAUAAGAAUUGGGUCAUUUAUAUUAAAUUGAUGUUAUUUCUUUCUAAAAUACAAUGACUGUGAUUUACACAUUAUCUAAAAUAUUUUGCUUUAGUAGACUAGUAAUAUAUUGUGAUAGUUUGUAAAAAUUUAUUGACUGCUGUUUAUAUUAAAACAAGCUAAUUCAUUUAGUUUGCAUUGUCUUUGGUUUCAAU